AUGUGGCCCCUGCUACUGGCUGCGCUCACGCUUUCGCCACCACCCACCUCCCGCCGCCAUGCUGUCGCUGCUGCUGCUGCUGCUGCUGCUGCUGCUGAGGUCCCCGUCCUGGCCGCGCACGCCGAGCCGUCCUUCUUCUCAACCCUCCAGGGCCCGAUCCAGGACGUCAUCGCUCCCGGCCACUGGGUGGGUCAGCUAGCGGGCAUAAACUCCAAGACGGAUCGAUGGGAGUUUGCCGACAGCAGCCCCGAGGAGGUGUCGGGCGCACUCGUUUCCGUGCUCGAGGGCCUGACACCUGACCGGCGGGCAAAGCUGCUGAUGCCCGAGCUGAGAAUCGCGCGAGCCGACGCGUCGGCGGUCCAUGUUCUCACUUGGACAAAGGCGGAGUGGCUAGACUCUCUCGACGUGAGGCUCGAGCCGCGCGGGAGCGGCUGCGUCGCGAGGGCUAGCUUUUACGCGACCGGGCUCGUCCCGACAUCCGUGCCGCUCGCGCCGCUCAUCAACAUAGCGAUGGCCUG